AUAUAUUAUAUUGUCUAUUGUUUUUAAUAUGUCGAAAUAAUAAAUUAUUUAUUAUAUUUUCAUUUUGAAUAGUUACUUAUACUUAUACAGUAAUAAAUUAUUACCUUUUGGCUUUUAUUAACGACCAUAUUUAUUAUAAUAAUCUUAUAUUUCUAGACUAUUAAUUGUUUAAUCAUUAGUCAAAUUUGUACCAAGAUUUUAAAAUAUAAUUAAUUUUAUAUUACAUUUUAACAGAAGUUGUAAUAUCAUUAAUUUUUUAUUUCAUUAUGGCUGCGCCAAUGGAACGUAUUCAAGCACUGGAAUUAAUCGAAAAGGACAUAAUAACAUGUUUACAAAGCGCUGGUCAAGCACUAUUAGAACUUAGUAAAGAAAAAUCAAGUUUGAAACAAGUAGAGAACCAAUCACACCAGUUCUUAAAAAGUUUAGGUAAUGUCGAAUCAAAGCUAACUGAACAAAUAAAUUAUUUGACUCAAGUAUCUACUGGUCAACCAUAUGAAAACAGUGGGUAUGCAUCACAAAAAGUUCUCCAAAUGGCUUGGCAUCGUCUUGAACAUGCAAGAAGCAGGGUGAAAGAAUUGGAACGUUCUAAAAAUAAGUAUCUCCAGGAUCAAGAACAAUUAAAAGGAAAUGUCUCAAAUCUAUUAUAAUACUUUGUUAUUGUAGACUUUAAAAUUAUUAAGCUGUAACUUAAAUUAAUUGUCAUAAAAACUAUGUGGAGUCAAAGUAAUUCAAUUAUAAGAAUUGAUUCCAUACUAUUGAUAAAAAAUUGUUUUUAAAGAUUAUAGAUGAGUAUUUAAUAGUUAAAUAUGUACAGGUAUAUACUAUUGAUUAAUAUUUUGUCAUUCUGAUUGCAAUACUGUAAUUUCAUUUAAGUUUAAAAUUAUUGUAAACUUUGUCAAGUUUAUACAUAUUUUAAUAAAAUGAAAAUUUAUUAUUUUUUAAA